ACGAGUCUUUCUUCUCCGUUGCCGACCUGUCCGAAAACUCAAGUGUGGGGAACGACAGUAGUAUCUACGCCCAUGACAUGGAUCGUAUGAAUACAGCACGGGGGAAGCUGAUAAACCGCCUGUCGUUGGAGGCGGCUGGAUCAUCACUGCGGUUCGCGUACGGGAACGAGACGUACACGGAUCCGCAGAUCAACUCACAGGCGAUGUAUGGACUGGUGCAGUGCUCGAGGGACUUGGCACCCAGUGAGUGCAUCAAGUGUGUAGAUGACGCGCACAGGUGGGUGACGAUAUCUGUUCCUAACAGCACUGCUGGUAGCUUCAAGGGGUACAGCUGCUAUGUGAGAUACAGCACGGAUCCGAUGGAGAUCACCACCGCUCCUCCAGGUUCAGUAUUUCCCCUUCCCUUUAUAAGAUUAGAUUCGCGCAUGUACUUGUUCGAUGAUGAGGCAAUGGCGAACGAUUUCAGGAAAGGGACAGGAGGACCCAAGCGAUUUCGCUAUAAUGAACUGGCCACGGCCACGGGUAACUUCUCAAACAGCAGAAAGCUCGGAGAAGGAGGUUUUGAUUCUGUAUACAAAGGAUUCGUCAAGGACUCGAAGCUUGAUGUGGCAAUAAAAAGAGUGUCCAAGAGUUCAAACAUGGGGAGGAAGGAGUAUAUCUCCGAGGUGAUGACCAUUAGCCGGCUUCAGCACCGCAAUCUCGUGCAACUCAUUGGCUGGUGCCAUGGCGGCGAGCUCUUUCUUGUCUAUGAGCUGAUGCCCAAUGGCAGUCUCGACAGUCACCUUUACAGUACGCAGGAUGUAUUGACGUGGCCGGUCAGGCAUGAGAUAGUGUUGGGGAUCAGCUCAGCGCUUCUGUAUUUGCACCAAGAGUGGGAGCAAUGUGUAUUGCACCGGGACAUCAAGCCGAGCAACAUCAUGCUGGACACGUGCUUCAGCACCAAACUUGGCGACUUCGGGCUCGCAAGGCUCGUUGACCAUUGCCAUGGGUCGCACACGACAGAUCUCGCCGGCACCAUGGGGUAUAUGGACCCGGACUGCAUGGUGACAGGCAGGGCCACCACCGAGUUAGACAUCUACAGCUUUGGCGUCGUCCUACUCGAGAUAGCCUGUGGACGCAGGCCUGUCGUGGUCCUGCCAGAUGACAGUGUGAUCCACCUGGCUAAACGGGUGUCGGAGUUGUGCAGCCAGGGAAGGGUCCUUGACGCUGCGGACUCAAGGCUGAUCGGGGAGUUCGACGUCCGGGAAAUGGAAUGCGCGAUCAUCGUCGGGCUCUGGUGCACUGCCCAUGACCGGAGCCUGAGACCUUCCAUUAGGCAGGCCACCAGCGUGCUAAGGUUCGAGGCUCCACUACCGAGCCUCCCCACAAGGAUGCCGGUUGGCCCACCAGGCUCUCUUCUUCCAUCUUUGCUUGUUUCUGAUGACCAUAGCAAUAAAACUAGCAGCACGCACCUCAGCUAG